ACAACACUCACACCUUGGCCGAUGGCCAUAUAGAAGGAGUUACUAUCGUUGUAACUCAGUCAGCUCACCAUUUCACAGCAAACGACGAGGUGUAACUGGAGCGGCUGUUGAGUUGAAUGGAGUUCAACAGACCCAAAGUUCCAGGGCCUGUAGAUGGAGAUGGAGUGGGGGGAGAGGGAGGACGAGUGGUCCUGAGCCCGCUGGAUGAGAUCCAGCCUGGGAGGAGUGAAUGGGUGCUUGCAGAGCAUGGAGGGUUAGGAGGGCUGUCGGCAACCGACACCACUAACGCAGCCAAGACAGAGCCCAAAGCCCCUGCAGGAGGAUCUGGAAAGGUUGACCUGUACUCAUUUGACAGCUCCCAGACUUCAGACAGCGAGGAUGAGGACAAAGGCAAGAAGGAAAAGAAAAAGAAGAAGCUAAAGAAGAGGAAAAAGAAGGAUUCCAGUUCAUCCUCUUCCUCCUCCUCCUCCUCUGACAGCAGCUUUUCAGACAUUGAAGAUGAGAAGAAGAAAAGGAAGAAGGCAAAGCAAGAAGGCGCUGGGGAUAUCAUAGUACACGGUGGAGCCUUCAUAUCUGAGCCUGGGCUUGAAGGCUGCACUGAUCUAAACCAUGAGGAAACACAGAAAAAGAAGACAGAUGAUAAUUCAGGCUCAGACAUUGAAGAGGACAAGCAGAAGAAGAAGAAGAAGAAGAUGAAGAGGAAGAUGAAGAAAGAUUCCCGUUCCUCUUCUUCAUCUUCCAGCUCAUCAUCCUCUUCAUCAUCCUCGUCAGACAGUGAGGAAGAGAAGGAGAAAAAGAAGAAGAAAACCAUGAAGAAGAAAAAGGAUUCCAGCUCCUCAUCGUCAUCCUCCUCAUCGGACAGCGACAAGGACAAGAAGAAGAAGAAGAAGAAGAAGAAAAAGAAGAAGAAGCAAAAGAAAAAGGAUUUUGGCUGUUCCUCCAACAACGAGGCUGACAAAAAUAAGGGAGAAGAGGGAGACGGACAGGGCAAGGAUGAGUACAGCUGUUCUGCUGGCGUUUCAGCAGCUCGCGAGGAGGGUGCCGGACUGGAGGGCACCCUGGGACAGAAAUCAUGUCAAGGAAAAAAGAAGAAAGAUGAGAAGAAGAAGAAAGACAAGAAGAACAAGAGAGACAAAAAAAAGGACAAGCGCAAGAAAGGCAAAGGAAAGGAGGGUGGCGCAACAGCUGAAUGGAUUUGUGGUGGAGAUGUUCCUGAAGGAAUGGAAGCUGGAAAUAUGAGUGAUGACGAGAGAGACGGAGGCAAGAAGAAAGAGAAAGAAAAGAAGAAGAAGUUGAAGAAAAAGAGGAAGAACUCUGGCUGUUCAUCAACCUCUUCAUCCUCGGAUAGCUCUUCCUCUUCAGACAGCGAGGAUGACAAAAAGAAGAAGAAAAAGAACAUGAAGAAGAAAUCUGAGGAUUCUAGUUCUUCAUCCUCUGACAGCUCCUCAUCCUCCUCCUCUGACAGCGAUGGUGACAAAAAGAAGAAGAUGAUGAAGAAGAAGAAAAAGAAGAAGAAAAAGGAUUCCAGCUCUGAUGAUUCAGAUAGCGAGAAAGACAAGAAGAAGAAGAAGAGGAAAAAGAAGAGGAAGAAAACGGAUUCCUGCUCAUCAGACAGCGAAGACAAUACGAAGAAGAAGAAGAAGAGGGAUAAGAAGAAGGACAAUUCUGUCAGCGAGGAAGACAAGAAAAAGAAGGAGAAGAAGAAAAAGAAGAAGGAUAAGAAGAAAAAGAAGAAGGACUCAUCUGACAGCGAGGAAGACAAGAAAAAGAAGAAGAAGGACAAGAAGAAGCAUAAGAAGGACUCAUCUGACAGCGAGGUUGAUAAGAAGAAAAAGAAGAAGAAGAAGAAUAAGAACAAGGACUCUUGUUCUGACAGCGAGGAAGAUAAGAAAAAGAAGAAGGAUAAGAAGAAGAAAGACAAGAAGAAGAAAGACAAGACGAGGAAAAAGGACGACUCCUCGUCUGGAAGUGAUGACGAUAAGAAGAAGAAGAAGGAGCAGAAGAAGAAGAAAGAAAAGGGCUCCUCUUCUGGAAGUGAUGAUGAUGAGGAGAAGAAAAAGAAGAAAGACAAGAAGGACUGUUCCGAUGUUGAGGGAGAAUCUAAGAAAAAACAGAAGAAAGAUGACAACAAGAAAGACGAUGGACCUGAGAAUGAAAAGUGUGGAGAGCUGAAGAAGGAGGGGAAACAUGCAGGUGGCUUGGUGAUGGGAGGAGGGUGCAUGGAUACAAAACCAUCUGACGAGGGAUCAGCUGUUUCUCCAAAACCCACCCUGAAGUUGGAAUCCUGGGGGCUGUUGGCGGACGCCAGACCCAACACUCGCCAUGAGUUCCUUUAUAGCUCCUCAUCCUCUCUCAGUCCCAGGGAUAUCAGCCCCUCCCGCCUGCCACUCAGUCCCAUGGAGGCCCUGAUGGGGAACCCAGCCAAGACCAGUGAUGGUGACCCACUGACCGGGAGAGGACCAGCCAGCAGCAGACCCACACUGCUCAAAUCCAUUGAUCUGUUCAGGGGCCCUAAGCCUUAUCAGCCUUAAUUAACAUGGAGAUUGGAAAAUAGGUCAAGAUGAUUCAUGCUCAUUACAAUCAGGUGUACAGGCUGAAAAGUGAUCAAAUGUAGAACAUUCUGUCAGAAAUAAAGAAAUCAUGUCAAUAGGUA